AUGAGAGACGGGGGAAACAUGGCGUGGACUGCGAGUCGUGUUGAAAGGGUCCUGGAGGGAAUUGCUGCACUCCACAACAGGAAUGACACCGAGCGUAUGGCCCAUCUGCAGCGAGAGAAUGACCGACUGACUAAAGAGUUGUCUGAGAUGGAGCGGGUACACAAGGCUGCAGUGAAGGAUCUUUCUGAGAAGGGGACAAAGAUGGAGCACCUGAUGCGGCAACUCCUGGCCGAGCGCAGUCGUUUGAUGGAGGAGUUGGCACAGAUGCGUGAAACGAGAACUCUUGAUGGGAAGGAAAUGAAUUUAACGGCUUCCUUAAACGACACAUUGCUUAAAAGCGAAAUGGCCGUGCAAACGGAUGCACUGCGUCCCCAUGGCCCUCCCAGGGAGCGGACGACACAAACAGUGAGGGAAUUGGAGGAGGUGGCCGUGCAAACGGAUGCAUUGCGUCCCCAUGGCCCUCCCAGGGAGUGGACGACACAAACCGUGAAGGAAUUGGAGGAGGUGGCCGUGCAAACGGAUGCAUUGCGUCCCCAUGGCCCUCCCAGGGAGCGAACGACACAAACCGUGAGGGAAUUGGAGGAGGUGGCCGUGCAAACGGAUGCAUUGCGUCCCCAUGGCCCUCCCAGGGAGCGGACGACACAAACCGUGAGGGAAUUGGAGGAGGUGGCCGUGCAAACGGAUGCACUGCGUCCCCAUGGCCCUCCCGGGGAGUGGACGACACAAACCGUGAGGGAAUUGGAGGAGGUGGCCGUGCAAACGGAUGCAUUGCGUCCCCAUGGCCCUCCCGGGGAGUGGACGACACAAACCGUGAGGGAAUUGGAGGAGGUGGCCGUGCAAACGGAUGCAUUGCGUCCCCAUGGCCCUCCCAGGGAGCGGACGACACAAACCGUGAGGGAAUUGGAGGAGGUGGCCGUGCAAACGGAUGCACUGCGUCCCCAUGGCCCUCCCGGGGAGCGGACGACACAAACCGUGAAGGAAUUGGAGGAGGUGGCCGUGCAAACGGAUGCAUUGCGUCCCCAUGGCCCUCCCAGGGAGCGGACGACACAAACCGUGAGGGAAUUGGAGGAGGUGGCCGUGCAAACGGAUGCACUGCGUCCCCAUGGCCCUCCCGGGGAGUGGACGACACAAACCGUGAGGGAAUUGGAGGAGGUGGCUGUGCAAACGGAUGCAUUGCGUCCCCAUGGCCCUCCCGGGGAGUGGACGACACAAACCGUGAGGGAAUUGGAGGAGGUGGCCGUGCAAACGGAUGCAUUGCGUCCCCAUGGCCCUCCCAGGGAGCGGACGACACAAACCGUGAGGGAAUUGGAGGAGGUGGCCGUGCAAACGGAUGCACUGCGUCCCCAUGGCCCUCCCGGGGAGCGGACGACACAAACCGUGAAGGAAUUGGAGGAGGUGGCUGUGCAAACGGAUGCACUGCGUCCCCAUGGCCCUCCCAGGGAGUGGACGACACAAACCGUGAAGGAAUUGGAGGAGGUGGCCGUGCAAACGGAUGCACUGCGUCCCCAUGGCCCUCCCAGGGAGUGGACGACACAAACCGUGAGGGAAUUGGAGGAGGUGGCCGUGCAAACGGAUGCACUGCGUCCCCAUGGCCCUCCCAGGGAGCGGACGACACAAACCGUGAGGGAAUUGGAGGAGGUGGCCGUGCAAACGGAUGCACUGCGUCCCCAUGGCCCUCCCAGGGAGCGGACGACACAGACUUCUUGGAAAAACGAUUUUAAUUUGCCUACGCGUUCGAUAUAUGUUGCCAAAGCGAUGGGUCAGACAUCCGCAUUUUUAAAUGCCAAGGCGUUUCCAGUGAAAUAUGUGUAUGGGCUUUUAACCCCCAUUUCUGUUCAUUUUAUCCACGGAGCAGAAUGCCUUGCACUUGCGAUUUAUUUUAUUGGACAGUGGGUUGAGAAUGUUAAAUUAGAUAUCCCCACCGCCGAUUUUGUGUUUGUUGGCGUUAACGUGCAAGGGUGGUGGCAAUGGCGGCGACAAGCGCUGAUUCACUUGGACGCAGUCACAGAUAUCGUCAGAGCCUACAGUGAUGCUGCCGAUCCAUUGUGGUGGUGUGCAGCAUUGGCUGCUGUCCUUUUGGAUUUGGACAUGGAUCAUACUAUGUCGGUUGGCGAUUUUAUUGCGGCCGGUUGUGGCGGCGAUGUGGGGACACAAACACCAUGCACUCCAGUUUCUCUAAAUGAGAUGAUUGCGUUUUUAAAAAUAAGUCCAAAAAGUUGCGUAUUGGUUACGAAAAAAAACUCGGACUUUGGUGAUACUUUUGGACUUCUAAUGGCUGUUUCUGUUCUUGAGAAUGAAGCUUUGUUUUAUAUCGUAAGGCCCAGCGGCAGUGCCGGAGGAGACGAGGGAACUACUGGAGACAGCCCUAUUUGCUCGCUAAAGGGUGAGUGGCGUUCCAGCCGUGAAUUGUUGAGUGAGUUUGAUCUCUUUCAAACGGUGAGGUGUUUUUCUUCUUAUACGAAUCCGGAGAUUCGGUGGGUGGAUGCCGUCCAAGGGCACUUUACCUCCGUGUCAGUGUUGCUGCCGGAGGGGGUUUUGGUGACACGAGACGCCAUUUAUGCCAGGUUGUUUGAUGUCACAACUUCUCUCUGGUGGCCGGUAGAGGUCAUUUCACGUGAGGGGAACACCUUAAUGUUUUUUAGUCCUUUUUUGGAGUCUGCCACUUCCGUCAUUGUUUUAUUAAACGUCGAUGUAGACACAGUGCGCCGUCUUGAAUUCCUGCAGAUCGUCUCAGAGGAGCUUGGAAUUUUCCAAAGAAAAACGGCGGUAGUCGUUCAAGUUGAUGGGCAAGAGGUGUGCACGAGUAGCCUCACAUUGAACGCCGCGGUGGGGCAAGAACCAGCGCCGAGAGAAGGUAUCGCUUCCAUCUCCGCUCAUUUUGGGGAACCUGAUCCCACCACUGACGCGGAGUAUUCUAUGAAAGAAAUCCGUGCGAUUGAUGUUCGCAGGAAUCAGAGCACCACGGCUGCUGACGAAGCCCGCUCACAAAAUUUGAUAGUUUCACUUGAAGCGGACGCAAUAUUCCGAAUGGUUAAAGAAACGCUGGCGGUCCAUAUGGAGCUUAUGGUGAAUUAUAUGGACCGUUUUUUGGAGCUCCUAUCCUUUUCUCUGUGGUCACAGCCGCCUCGAUUAGAUGAAAGAGGCGGGGCCGUCGUGCUGUCGCCGAUGCUGGCCACGACCAUUGCUCGACAGCAUGUGGAACUUUCGACCAUGAGAGCUAGAAAAGACUUUUUAUCUGAGUCACUAUGUUGUGCCGCGAAGGAGUUGAAUUCAACAAAGACGAAGCUUAACUGCCUGGAGGAGGAGAAUGGCGUCCUGCGGGAAGAAUUGGCGCAGCAGGCAUCGGCCUGUGAAAUUCUGCGUCAGGAUAUCGUUGCCAAGGAUGAAAAGUUAGCAGGGGCUGCACGUUACUGCUGUGCCGUGGAAGAACAGCUGCGUCUCGCCAUGGAUUCCUUCUUGGAGCUUCGAUGUUGUGCUGAGGAAAUGCAAUAA